AUGUCUCUUGGCCCCUUUGAGGUCCUGACCGUCGGAGACCCCGACUCUCUGAAGGACGCCGUCGACUGUCUGGCUCUAGAGUCUCUCGCUGUGCGCGACACGAAUCAGCCUGCAAUCCGGAUGAGACCGGACCGUCUAACAAAUCCACCUCUGCUGUUGACGGCCUUCGUCCUCAUCCAAAAACAAGCAAGAUGCACAAUCCACCGUUCUACAUACUUCAACGGCAACCUAGCCAUCCUUCCCGCCGUGUCCUCCACCACGCUCUCCCUCCCGUUUCACCGAUUUGGCCACCCUACCGACCUCACCAAGCGCCAAUCCACCCUCCCCCAACGCCCAACAGCCUGCGGCGCCAUCUACGGUACAGACACGUGCAGCGACACCUACUAUUCAAUCUUUGAUCCAAAAGGAACGGAUCGUCAAGUGCAGCUUGAUAACUUGCAACGGGUUCUGAGGGUUGGACAGACUCCGUACCAGAAGAUCAAGGGUCUGCUUGCUCUGAUUUCUUCCCGUUUCAAAUCCGUGUCCCCCGCAGCUGGGUAG